CGCGCUUCUAUACGUCGCACAUGCGCAGAGAGCACCGACUGACUGACCUCACUAAUAUGGCGCGUAGUUUUACCGGAAGAAAUUUCCGGUGAGGCCUUUGAGCGUUAAAAACUAGUUUUAAAGCGAAAGGUCAUGGCGAACUGCUGUCCGUGACGCGUUAUUGAUCCCGCGGGAGCGACGGCUUCACUAUCAGUCAUUCGCCUGCAUGACCCUGUUGGUGUUGUAGUGACGGUCCAGCAUGGAGGAGGAUCUGGUGGUGAACAUGGAGGAUGAGGAUGAUGAUGAUGAAGAGCGGGGGGGCCAGUGGGGGGCUGGGGAGCUGCAGUGGCUGCAGGAGGAGUGUGUGUCCAGCGGGAGUCCAGCCGAGCGCAGCGGACACAUCGCCAUCACUGACCAAUGCUGCAUGUUCAUAUGGGGAGGAUACAAGAAUGCAGACGGUGACGCCGCUGACCUGUACCUGCCGAAGUCGGAGGUGUGGGUGUUCAGCAUGGAGACGCGGAGAUGGGGCGUGCGGCGGGCAGAGGGCGAGGUGCCCAGCUCCAUGUCAGGCAGCUGUGCUGCGUGUGUGGACGGUGUGCUCUACGUGUUCGGCGGGCAUCACGCCAGAGGAAACACCAACCAGGUGUACCGUCUGCCACUGAGAGCGCCGGUGCUGCGCUGGCACAGGAUGAGGGAUCUGACUGGCCUGGCGCCCACCUGUAAGGACAAACUGGGCUGCUGGGUGCACAGGAACAGGCUGGUGUAUUUCGGCGGGUACGGCUACAUCGCUCCACCUGGCCACAGAGGAGCGUUCGAGCUGGACGAGAAUUCAGUGAUGGGAAACCAUGCUGGCCGAGGCUGGAACAACCACAUCCACCUACUGGACCUGGAGACACACUCCUGGACUCAGCCUGUCACUAAGGGAAAUGCUCCAUCGCCUCGAGCCGCUCAUGCCUGCGCCACCAUCGCCAACAGAGGUUUCGUGUUUGGAGGACGCUAUCAGGACCAUAGGCUGAAUGACCUAUACUGCAUUAAUCUGGACUCGUGGGAGUGGAGUGAGAUGUACGUCUGUGUGUGUGUGUGUGUGUGUUGCAGAUGUGCUCUGACUGACCCCUCACCUGUGUGUUUCAGGUGUGUUCCUCAACACGGUCCUGUUGGCCGGUCCUGGCACUCUCUGACCGCCGUCUCCCCGGACCACCUGUUCCUGUUCGGCGGAUUCACCACCAGCAGAGAAACACUGAGCGACGCCUGGAUUUACUGCAUCAGUGAAAACCAGUGGAAACUCUUCAAGCACGAGCACACGGAGCGGCCCAGACUGUGGCACACAGCGUGUUUGGGAGCAGACGGGGAAGUGUUUGUGUUUGGAGGAUGCGCCAAUAAUCUUCUGUCUCACCAGCAAGCGGCUCACAGCAAUGAACUGCUGAUCUUCACAGUACAGCCCAAACCUCUGCUCAGGUUGUGUGUAGAUGUGGCCGUUCAGCACCGCUCGCGUCUGCAGCUCCAGUGGGACGUCCUGCCUAAAGCCCUGCUGCUGCAGCUCCAGCGGAGAAGCCCGGCAGAACCCUGAACAAACACACACACGCUGCAGAGAGCCUAUGAUGUGCACACACACACACACGCUGCAGAGAGCCUAUGAUGUGCACACACACACGGAGGGUUUAUUUGGGCGACACAAGGCUGGUUUAGCAGGAGAAGAGUUCAUGUUCAUACAGCAUCAGCAGAGACGCCUUCACUUCAGACACCGCUGAACACACUCAUCUUCAUCAUCAUCAUCAUCACUGUGCUGUAGUGAUCCCCUCACUGAGCGAUCAUCCACUGCACACACACACACACACACACACACGGCUGCUGUCGGCGUCUGCACAGAGAUGUCAGUUUGUACAGUUUAAUGGUGUUUUUCUGUGUCCACCAUGAUGAAAUAAAUGAAGCUGCACACA